GGAUUUCCAUUUUUAUGACACAUUCUAAUCUCGAAUAAACAAUAUACUUAAACCUUAGCUUUAACAGAAUAAUUAAAGAACAGCACUGGAAGUGGAAAGUGUACAGUGACAAUAGGGUAGGCAUAUGGUAGGUUGUAGCAGCAUUGUCCGCUGUUAGAACUUGUCCGAAAGUGAGUAUGUGGUCCAAUAGCAAUGCCAUCUCGUGACUCAAUCUUUUCCAAUACAUUAAAAAAAAACCAACCCAUCAUAUGACUGCGCACGCAACGUUUCCACUAGUUACCUUAUUAUAGAUGAUUAAUCAAAAUUAGAUAUAUUGGACCGAGCCAAAAAUAAAAUUUUCCUAUAUAUCACCAUGUAAUUCUUUUUAUUAGAUUUACCGAAAACUUUAAACCACAACUUCAUUAUUCAUUUUUACUAAAAACUCAAAACCUAAACAUAGGGUUUUGUAUAUAUAAUAUUUUAGAUUUUGAAAACUUCCACAAACAAAACCAAAUCUCUGAGAUUCAGAACAGAAAAUGAGAGGUGGAUGUAAAAAUUUAAGAGCAGGGGAUGAAAAGAAUAAUAAAAAAGAUGCGGCUACUGGUUGGAAUAUCCUUCAGCAUCUCUUACCACACCUUCUUUUUCUCUACCUUUAAUAAUUUUUCUUGUUUAAAAAGCAUCUUCUUCUUCUCCCUCCUUCCUCAUCAUCAUCCUUCACACCUUAACCAUCCAACAUAUUCAUCCUCUCUAUUUCUCAGUAUAUACAUUCAUAGAGAAAGAGAUAUACAGAUUCUCUUCCUCCAAACCACCCAAAGCCUUAAAUAUCAUAUUCUAUCAUAUAUAUAUUUGUGUGAGCCUUACGUAUGGAUUCUCGUACAACGUUAAUAUCCGCUACGGCGGCAAGCCUUUGCUUUAUAUUAUGUAUCUGCAUGACGAACGGUGAGCUUCAAAGAUUCAUUGAGCCGGCGAAGAGCGACGGUUCCGUUAGCUUUAUAACCAUCGGUGAUUGGGGUCGCCGUGGCGACUACAAUCAGUCUGUUGUGGCCUACCAGAUGGGAAGGGUUGGAGAAAAGAUUGGUUUAGAUUUCGUGGUGUCCACGGGAGAUAACUUCUACGACAAUGGAUUGUAUAGUGAACACGAUCCUAACUUCAAAGAGUCUUUCUCCAACAUCUACACUGCUCCAAGUCUCCAGAAACAGUGGUACAGUGUCUUGGGGAACCAUGACUAUAGAGGUGACGCAGAAGCUCAGCUAAGCUCUGUUCUCAGAGAAAUCGACAGCCGCUGGACCUGUCUCCGUUCCUUCAUCGUCGACGCAGAGUUGGUCGAGAUCUUCUUCGUUGACACCACUCCUUUCGUUAAAGAAUACUACACAGAAGAAGAUGGUCACACGUACGACUGGCGUGCGGUCCCGUCCCGGAACUCUUAUGUUAAGUAUCUCCUCCGUGAUGUCGAAGCUUCUUUGAAGAGAUCUAAAGCCACGUGGAAGAUUGUGGUUGGACACCACGCGAUGAGAAGCAUUGGUCACCAUGGAAACACUGUAGAGCUAGUUGAAGAGCUUUUGCCGAUUAUGAAGGAGAACGGUGUUGAUCUUUACAUGAAUGGACAUGACCACUGUCUUGAACAUAUCAGCGAUGAAGACAGUCCUAUUCAGUUUCUGACGAGCGGUGCUGGCUCCAAGGCUUGGAGAGGAGAUGUUGACCCGACCACCAACAAUCCUAAGUCUGUGAGAUUUUAUUACGAUGGUCAAGGGUUCAUGUCUGCUAGAUUCACUCACUCAGAUGCAGAGAUUGUCUUCUACAAUGUGUUUGGUGAGGUUUUGCACAAAUGGGUUACUUCUAAGGAGCUUCUUCAUUCCUCUGUUUGAUCAGAAUUCUAAAUAAAUUUUUGUUUCCUUGUAAUUUUUGUAACAUAUCUUUCAAGUCCUAUUGCAGGCUAGGUAGGCUUCCUGCUUAGUUUAGCAUCAAUUUAGCUAUAGCUUAUCCCAAUAAAAAUAUUAUCUAAAUGUAAUGUAAUGUAAUGAUUAUCUUCUUAAUGUUAUAGUCAUUUGCA